AUGGUUCCCAUUAGCCUUCUAUUGAGCCUAAUCUGCUCCGUUGCGGCUCUCAGUCCCGUCGCCAUUAUUUCUCAAGGGGUUGUCAGUGGUACCUCCAUUUCUGUUCCAGAAGUUGCUUUGCCUGUGUCUAAGUUCCUCGGCAUACCUUUUGCUAGACCACCUCAGCGUUUCAGUCCACCGGUCAAAUCAGGAUUGUUCACAAGCAAUCCAUACAAUGCAACGCAGCUUAAAGCAUCAUGCAUCCAGCAGUUCAACUAUCCGGAUACUGCUCGCGCUUUCACUAUGGAGCUCUUUAACAAUCCCCCUCCUGCAUCAGAAAGUGAAGAUUGCUUAUAUCUCAAUGUAUAUACUCCAUCUGGAACGACUCCUGCUUCGCUACUACCCGUGAUGGUCUGGAUAUACGGUGGUGCUUUGCAAUUUGGCUCAGCAUCGUCUGUAUACUAUGAUGGUAGCAAUCUAGCUGGGAAGCAGAACGUGGUUGUUGUGACUUUCAACUACCGAACUAAUGUUUUCGGCUUCCCAAACUCCCCCGAAUUACCAAACGUAGAUCAAAAUCUAGGACUUCUAGAUCAAAGACUAGCACUAGCUUGGAUCAAAAACAAUAUUCUGGCAUUUGGUGGUGAUCCUCUCAAGGUAACCAUAUUCGGAGAAUCUGCGGGCGCACUAUCUGUAGACGCUCUCGUCACCAGUCACCCCACCUUUCCACCAUUCCGAGCAGCAAUUAUGGAAUCUGGGCAAGACAGCAUUCGAACCCUUACGGCUAGACCAGGACUUGGCACUGUCUCCGGUCCUCUAUCCUGGAAUGCUCUCGCCUCUGGUCUCGGCUGCUCCAAUACCAGUAGCGCACUUGCUUGCCUACGUGCUGUAGAUGCCCUUGUCAUAAAAUCGUACAUUGAACAUGCAGCAUUAUCGUUUCAACCGGUUGUCGAUAAUGUAACCCGUGUUUCAAAUCCGCAAGUUAGGAGAGCAAACCAUCUAAUUGCUAAUGUGCCGGUACUUAUCGGCACCAAUGCUCAAGAGGGCACACCUUUCGUAUAUGGAAAAAAUAACAUCACAGCAGCUUUGCCAUCGCUUAUCCCAGGCAACAAAAGCCUUCAAUCUGAAGUUUUUGCGACAUAUCCUGUUGGUGAAGAUGGAUUGAACACACCUGCUGAUGUUGUGGCAAAAAUUUACACCGACAUGAUAUUUCAAUGCCCUAGCGGCAUUGUCGCCAAUUCAAGUUCCGCCGCUGGCUACCCUACCUACCGCUACUACUUCAAUGCAACGUUCGCCAACAUCCAACCACUCCCCGGUCUUGGCGCCUACCACUCCUCGGAAAUCCCAUUCGUUUUCGGUAAUUUACCGGCAAACUCCACUCGUGCGGAGAUAAGCCUAAGUGCGUUGAUGCAAAAAUCAUGGGCUGAUUUUGCGAAAAAUCCUCAAUUCGGUCCGGGCUGGACUAAAUUAAAUGUCAAUGCAGGUGAGAAUGAUGUUGCAGUAUUCAACGUGAAUGGAAUUGGAAGUGUAAAUGCAGAGAAAUUGGAUAAACGGUGUGCUGUUUUUAGAGAUGCUUUGCGUGCUUUGGGAGGCUUGUAA